AGCAAAAUAUAAAUUCCAUAUAGUUCACUUGUUCAGGUCAAAUCGUUACAACGUGAAAAAUAUUGUGAUUUUUUUUUCUUUCAUUUUUCACAAAAAAUAUCAAAUUUAACUCUCCAUUCAUUCACAUCAGAGGCAAAAAAUGUCAGACAACUAUGGUUCAAAUGUGCCAUAUAGAAUCCAAAAGAUUGAUGUUAGUCGCUGCACAAAAUUUCUCGGACCACAAACGACAGAAUACUCGACGGAAACGCUGAAACGUCGCAACGAAUAUGGAAAACCAAAGAGUGGCAGUUUGACGGAGAUGCGAGGACAAAAAGCGAGCAUUCACGUGUUUCAAGAUAUGCUGCAAUUGUGUGAGAUAAUUGACAUUGAAGGACAAAUUUACAACGGAGCAAAUCACAAAAUGAUCCUUUUUGGCGAUUUAUUUCAUCUUUACGCGACAGUCAAUGACAAACUCGUUGGAAUCUUAUUGCGUGCCCGAAAGCAUGGAUACGUUCAAUUUGAAGGCGAAAUGUUAUAUCAGCGACGUGAUGAUGACGUACCCGUAUUCUUAACUAAUACGCUUGAAAAUAUCACAAUGGAUAUACGUAAAAAACAAAAUGAAAUUAGUAUGAAAAUCAUCGAGAAUCCUGUGGCAACAACUUUAUUGUAAAAUGCAGCGCUGUGGUUUGAAUAAUAUUUAUUUUUAACAACAAAAAAUUUUACGAGUCAA